AUGAAGAAUCAACCAAAUCACACUUUCAAUAGUCGUUUUGUUGAUUCUCAUUGUAUUUCGAUUCAUUCUCACCCAAUUAAAAAUAAAAUAUUACGUGCAGAGAAAGAUUUUGAACCAGGAGAUCUUAUAUUUCAAGAGACUGCCGUUACCGCAAUUAAAUUAAGUAAUAACAACAAGAAUGAUGAAUCUAUUAUUUUCUCAACAAUAAUUGAAUCAUUACCUAUUGUUCCUCUUGCACGUAAUUUAAUCUAUGGUGCUGUCCACUUAGCUUCAUUAUCUUCAUCCAAAUUAGAUUUAAUUAAAUGUCAAUUUGGUAAUCCAUUGGAUAAAUAUUUGAAUUUUACACCUGAAGGUCAAGCUAUUGCAGCUCUCAAAUAUUAUUUUUUCGAGAUUAAGAAAGAAUUAAGCAUAUCUGAUUUAUUUUCUUGUUCUGCUAUACUUGAUUUAUUAGCGAUUUGGAUGACGAAUUAUAGUACAGCAGGGCCACAGUGUCACGCUCUUUAUUAUUAUUGGUCACGUAUGAAUCAUGAUUGUAAACCUAAUACACAUCAUCGUACGACAGGUUAUACUACAGUUGAUAAUCAAACAAUACCGAUUCGUACAGUUCAAGCAAUACAAAAAAUUAAUAAAGGAGAUGAAUUAACAAAAUCAUAUUUAGUUGGAGAAACAAAUUUUCAACCAACACAAAUGAGAAAAGAUUACUUAUCAAUGCAUUAUCACUUUACAUGUACUUGUAGUCGCUGUUCUACAGAAAAUGAAAUAAUUUCUGAUACUUUAAUGUAUCAAUAUAAAACAUUGGAAUAUCAAAUUUACAAUAAACAAAUCUCAUUGAAUGAUUUACUUAUAUUCAAAUCAAAAUUAUCAUGGACUGAUUGGUUAAAUUAUUCAAUUUCUCAACUUAUUUGUACUAUAGCUGCUAGUUCUUCAAUGGGUUGCGAUAAUACUCGUUACCAUACGGCGAUUAUUGAAUGUGCACUACAAUGUAUUAGAAGGUUAAAAAAGAUAUAUUUACAAUCUUUUGAUGCGCCAACUAACGAAUAUUAUUCUAUUUUUCUCGCUGAUAAAUAUGAACAGUUAGGUGAUUUUCUCCCCUUAAGUGAUUCGCAGAAAAUUAACAGUUAUAAAGAAGCUAUCAAAAUUCGAAAAAUUUGCCAAGGUAAAUCAGAGAAAAUAGAUAAUUUGAAUGACAAAAUUAUUCAAGCAAAGAAAGUUACUUCGAACAAUCAAAUAUCAUUAUGA